UUUCUUGAAUAUAUGUUUAUAUUGAUAUAUAUGUAGAUAUGUGAUGUGAAAGUUGGAGCAAAAGCUCACAUGUAGAGAGAUGAAGAUAUUUUGACUUUUGAUGGGUACAUUACAUAAUAUAUGUGUUUAUAUUUUUAUUGGAUAUUUUUCUUUUUUAUUUUCUUGAACAUUUAUGUAUGUUGAUGUGAAGAUGAAGCAGAAGUUCACAUGUAGAGAGAUGAAGAUAUUUUGACUUUGAUGGGGUUGCUUAUACAUUAUACGUGUAGGAGUAUACUUUUAUCCAUGUAUAAAGAUCUGCAUUGAAAGCAAGUGACUAGUACAUGAUAUGCAGAGUUUACAGCACAUGGUUCCUCAUUACCUUUCUUGUCCUCAAAGAUCAGUUUAUGAAAUUUCCUCUCUGUUAUUUCCAAGUCCAAGACAGAACAAUCAAGUUUUUGUUAAUGGUUUGAUUCAUAAAUCCAGCUUCUUUAGAUCAAGCACGUUUAUAGGUUGUUAUCGUCUUCAUCAUAAUCUGAGAAAUGUGGUUUGCAAGGCGAGAUUCAAUGAGUUCCCCAAUGAAGAUUCAUCAAAGGGUAUUGAAGAUUUGUCACAAAGAUUUUAUAUUAAUGAAAAGUUCUUGAACCAGUUUUCCCCGCCAAGGUUCGAUUUCCUUGAUCCAAGUUCGUUUGGGAUUAGUAUGUGGUACACACCUGAAUGGCCUGAAGACGAUGAGAUUGACAAAGUCAUCAUUGAAAGCAAGGCAAACAGCCUUGAGAUUCCUGUUUCAUUGAGGAUGAUCAGGAGGAAGCAGAAAUAUCAGGAGGGUUUUUCCGAGAACAUUACAGUGAAGGAUUUCAAUUGCUGCUCGGCGAAAAAGGCUUUCUCUUCAAUGGUGUUCAUCAUCAGAGAGCUUCAAAGCCAUGCUUUACAAAUAAGAGAAGACACCUGUUCUUCGGAUUUGGAGGGGAUUGUGAAGAAGAUGCAGAGAGAAAUGAAUGCUUCAUUUGUCUGGUUAUUUCAACAAGUGUUCUCAAGAACACCUAUUCUCAUGGUUCAUGUCAUGAUUCUCUUGGCUAAUUUCACAAUCCAUUCCUUGGCUAAUCAGACCUUGGUUGUAGCUAAUCAACCAAGCACAAUCUCUAACAAAACUAUAUCAGAGGAGAAGAUGAUUUUGAAGGAAAUCAAGAAUCAAAACCAACCAAAUAUUGAACCCUCCUCAGCCGAGAAGUCAGCUUUUUCAUCCUCCAGCGCAGGCAAUAACAGUGAGGGAGAAAGUUUAGGUGAAAUUGACAUUGCAACUAGAGACGGAGAUUCGCAUCUAAACAAUCCAUUGCCAUCAAUUCAAUUCCCCAAUCAGAUUUUACAGGCUCCUAUGCAUGUCCUAGAGGAAGGGGAAAAAGCAUUGUGGAACUCCGUUGUGGAGGAAGCUUCAAGGCUGCAAUCUGAAUCGAGAGACGAUAUUCUCGAUCAUCAGACAGUGCAGCAGUUUGUUUCACCAUUCACCGUACAGAUGGAACCGGAUGAUUAUGAAGAAUACUUCAGAACAGACCUUAUGUAUCAGAUGGGUUUGGCAAAGGAGCCUAAUAAUCCACUUCUGCUACUGAAUUAUGCACAAUUUCUCAAUCUUGUAGCUAAAGACCAUGACAGGGCGGAGGAGUGCUUCAAGCGAGCAAUCCAGUUGGAACUACCAGACCCAGAAGCAUUGAGUCUAUACGCAGACUUCUUAUGGAGAGUGAGGGAUGAGCUGUGGGAUGCAGAAGAGACAUACCAGCAAGCAAUGGAGGCUGCACCCAAGAACCCUUAUUAUACAUCAAAAUAUGCAAAUUUCCUUUGGAGCACUGGUGGGGAAGAAACCUGUUUCCCUCCUGUACCUAUAAAUCAAAUUGCUUGAUUUUGCAGUAGAUAGAGAUAGGCAGCAUAAAAAGAAAUGGAGCAAUGCCCCAUUAGAGUCCCAGUAACAUUAUAAAUCCACAUGGAAUUGUACAGUUUUCUGGGUUUUUUGUAUGAGUUUGUAGUGGUUGUGCUAAGCCAUGUAAACACAUGGAGAUGUAAGUAUACGGGUGAUAUGGUUAGUUUAUGUAUUGAAUGCAAAAACU